CAGGACGAUGGUCCAUUAUCCACCAUGGAGGCGAUAUUUCACGAGAAACAAGAAGGGUCUCUCUGUGCUCAACAUUGCCUCAACAAUUUGCUUCAGGGUGAGUACUUCAGCCCCAUAGACCUGUCUACAAUUGCACAGCAAUUGGAUGAAGAGGAACGAGCAAGAAUGGCAGAGGGAGGAACUACCACAGAAGAAUACAAAAUAUUUUUACAGCAACCAUCAGGGAAUAUGGAUGAUAGUGGAUUCUUUUCAAUUCAAGUGAUUAGUAGUGCCUUGAGAGUCUGGGGUUUAGAGAUUACCCUCUUCAACAGCCCAGAAUAUCAGCGAUUAAGGAUUGAUCCAGUAAUUGAAAGGGCAUUUAUAUGCAACUACAAAGAACAUUGGUUUACAGUACGAAAAUUAGGAAAGCAGUGGUUUAACCUGAAUUCUUUAUUGACGGGUCCAGAGUUGAUCUCCGACACUUACCUCGCCUUAUUCCUGGCUCAGUUACAGCAAGAAGGUUAUUCAAUAUUUGUAGUCAGAGGAGACCUACCAGAAUGUGAGGCUGAUGAGUUACUUAAAAGGAUGAGAGUGGUGCAGCUAGAGAGACCAAAACUAAUUGGAGAAGAGGCAAAUCAACGAACAGAAAUUGGUCAAAGGGUACAGAGCAAUGACUGGGAACAAGUGAUUGAUGUGAAUAAAUCGAUUACAAAUGUUUUGGAUGAUGAUGAGGAUGAAAGUCUGCAGCAAGCAUUGUCACUAAGCCGUCAGCACAUGGAGACAGAAGAUGAAGAAGCAGAUCUACGAAGAGCAAUUCACCUCAGUAUGCAAGGUUUUGUACAAGGAACAGAAAGUUCAGAAGUGGUCACUUCCCAAAAUGAAACUAUGGAUACUUCAAGAACAAUUGCAGCUGAAACUCCUACAAUGGAGGAACUCCGAAGACGGAGACAAGCAUACUUUGAGAGAAAACAAUUACAGCCUGAAAAUUCAGAUCAUCCAGAAAAACAAAGUUGUGUUGCGCUAAAAGCAAAUUCAGCUAACGUGACUGAAGGAGAAUUGCCUCAAGCAGAUGUGUUGAAACCAUUGGAAGCUGAAGCCGAUAAUAAUUCAAAAGGGGAAGGAAGUUAAUUUGAGAACAAAUAUACCAGUAACAACUGUACUCCCAUUUCUGAUCUGCGUGAAUUAUACUCCCCUUGUACAUCAGCCACAAAAAAUAUGCAGAUGUUUUCAGAGAGAGCAAAGAUAAUGUUCACUUGAUGCAAAUGGCAUUUGUGGUUGUUUAAUGGGAUUGUUUGUGGUAUAGAACUACAAGUUUUUGGUCUUCAAUUGUAGCACCUUAUCUGCUGAAAAACUUUCUUCAUGCACAUCCUAGUUAAGUAAAUUACAGGGAAGUGUUAAAAUACUUUGCACCCAUCGGUAAACAUUUGUCUUUUGGAAAAAGGUUACUGGUCAAGCAGUUAAUGGUUUAAUUGUGCAACUGGACCUUGGAAGACAAAUUUUGAAAUGUUAAGUUCUUUGCUUUUUAAAACUAAUAUACGUAUUUUAAACCUCUUGUCUGGUGUAUUUCUGAAAAUCAAGAUCGUUUAAAUUUUGGAGGCAUCAAGCGAUACAAUAUAUAGAAAAUGCUUGAGGUUUGAGGAUUUUAUGGAUACUUGAAAGUUUUUAGGAUUGUUUAUAUUUGGGUAUUGAUCUCGUGCUGGCACUUAAAUGCCUUUUAGUUGCUCUAAAACGAAUCGCCUUUGUUUACUGUGUUGUACUGAAUUAUGCAGGUUCUAUUUAUACCCUUGAAUUUAUAUUUCGUUCAUUUAACUUUGAAGGUCAAGUGUGGGAACAUAAAUGCAGAACAUUGAAUUACAUCAAAUAAGAGAAACUAUUUGAAUAAUUAAUCUGAUGUCCAUUGAGGCCUCUGUUUAAAAACUGUAGCUGCCUAUCAAGUUUUUGAUUGUUAUGUAGGAAUAGAUGUGCCACUGUUUAUGCAUUAUUCUGUUUUCCUAUGAUUGGGAAAACUAUGGACUCAAAUUUGUUAUCAAUUGAAAUUUCAUGGUACUUGCAUUACAACAUUAACAUACAAAGAUCAUGUGUUUGUCAAUGUGGACCAAGAUAAUAUGUUGCAAUUUGUGUCCUACUUAAUCUUUGCAAAUGAGUGUGGUUAUUUCUCCAUGGCUUAAAUUUACUUCCUCUGCCAAAUACUGUAGCUUAGUGGUCGAUUGUUGUGGUACUGGGUCCAAAGAUAAGGGAAUAAAUACUGCUCAAGGAGAGUUUGAAUUGUAUUAAAAAAAAAUCAGUUAACCAGGAAUAGUUGAUGAUAUAAAUUGCUGGAUUACCAUAAAUUAAUCUAUUUCAUUAAUCAGAGUUUACCUCCAGUCUGAUAUAUACUUGACUCCUAACUAACACUACUAUUAAAGCUCAUGGAGCAGCUAGAAUAAGCAAUAAAUAUUGCUUUGCUUUUGUUGCCUGCAUUCCAGGAAUAAUUCUGUUUAACUUGUAAAAUGGUCUUUUUUGUUGAAUGUAAAUUUGAAAAGUGAAAAGUAUUUGUGUUACUUUCCCUCAUUGACUCUAUCUUUGUCCAAAGGUUUUGACUCAGUAGAAUAGAGUUUAUUAUCAUUGUGUCAGGAACAUUCCUCUCUCUCUUCCUGGACUAAAUAGUAUUGUAAAGUGGUUAUUCUAACGUGGUGGUUGGGGUCAGGAUGGCAGGGUGGGUGUGCAAUUAUGAAAAUGUGACUGAGCUCACUUAUCUAAAGAGAAGGAAGCACAUAUUUUUAAGCAGAAGCAUUUGGUAAUGGAUGGAGAUGGACAUCUUUCACCAUCACCCACCCUUUUUCCUCCCCUCUCCUCCCUCCCCCCUACUCAUCAUGCAUCAUCGAAAAAUAAAAUAAGACCAGUUGUAGAAAUCCCAUUCUUGCCUUGACUGAGAUCAAUUAUCUCAUUCGAAAUCCAGGAAUGGAGCAUGAAUACUUAAUUUUUUUUGGCAUAUCAAGCCUUGUGAUAAACCAUUGGCUUCUGGAAUGAAAGAAAAAAAAGUCACACAAAAUUCUGUAAAAUAGUGUCUUUGAAAUAGGAGGCCCUUUAGGUCCCUAAAGCCCAUUUUAGAUCAGAGGCCCUCUAUAUUUCAAUUCCAUCUAUCUGCCUUGAUGUUGUAAUCAUUAAUAUUCUUGGCUAACAAAAUUCUAUUGAUCUUGCUUUUGAAAUCUGGCCGAGGCGCAAUAUCCUAUUUGAAGAGAGUUUUUACAGAUUUUCACAGCCCCAGCUCAAGUUUUAAGGUAAAGGUUCUCUCUAACUAACUUAUCAAGUCUGUUUAUAAUCUUACUAUUCAGUUAGAAUAUCUUAAACUUCUAAAUGUGAGAAAUGCUGCAGGGUUAGAUUCAGUUGCUUGUCUGGAAAUAGUUACUUUAUCCCAGUUGAAUAGGGAGCGGUACAAUAAUUGGCCUCCAUAUACUUAUAGUAUCCAAAUAGGCUUUCUGCUUCUGAUUGCUGACUUGACCUUCCAUGCCGCUAACUGUGUAGGAAUGGCCAGUUAACAGCAUCUGGGUUCAUGUGAAGAGUAAUGUCUUGUGCAAGGAACUAGGGUGAUCGAUGCCUGUAGAACCUUACCACAGUUAUAGUUGAUGCUUUUGGGAGGGAGGCUUGAAUGGGAAAUGAAAAACAAAACUUGCUAGUGUUUCUGCUUUCAGUGUGCUUCUAACAGUGUUUUCUCAGAACCAUUAGCGUUAUUUGAAACUACUUUAAUCUGUUAUUGUUUUCUUUCUACCUUUUUUAAAAAAAAAAUUUAAAUGGGUCCUGAAACACUUGCAGUGCCUCUGUUAGUUAAGUAUACUUUAAUUUCUCCAAGUUCUAGGAGUUAUCUGCAGAAUCAAAUUUCUAUUUGAAUGCAGUUUUUUAAAGGUUAAGACAAAAUGGUAAAGAAUGUUAAUUGAAAUAAUAUCUUACUGCCUUGUUUUAUUUUGGCAAGGAGACAGGUGACAUAAAAUAUGUUUAUCUGUGUUUUGCAAGGCUUUUUUUCAUGUGCACACUGGAGAUAAAGAUGUGUUGGUCUCUAAAAUAGUAUUCAUAUGGCUAUGUAUCAAAUAAAACUACAUUUUGGUUUUGG